AAUCACCAAACACUAGGAGAAAGGAAAAAAAAUCCAAGCAGGAGGUCAAAGAUGAAGGGCGUCGCUCCAAUGAAGUUGGCUUUCUUGGUCGCUCUCUUAUUUCUCGUAGCUGGUUUGGAGAAUUGUGCGGUGGUUGCCACGCAAGAGAUCUACAGUUGCGAGAAGACGGAGGAGUGUCUUCUGUUCUGUGAUCACCAACAGUGCACAGUUUGUAACUGUGACCAGAAGAAGAAGGUUUGUACUUGCUCCUUUGCGGAAGAAGAACACACAGCAGCACACCCGAUCCUCAACAGUACUAUCCUCCAUUGAUC